AUGGGAUUCCCUAAUUUGGGAAUGUGUUCGAGUUUUAAAGCCUGGAGGUUUUUUGAUUUACGAGAUAAACAGUGGGAUUCAUUGAUACAGGAGUGUAUCAGAGAUUUAAAGCCCGGAACAAUGGGAUUCUCUGAUUCGGGAAUGCGUUCGAGUUCUAAGGCCUGGGGGGUUUUUGAUCUAAGGGAUAAGGAAUGGGAUUCCCUGAUUCGGGAAUGCGUUCGAGUUCUAAGUGGGAUUCCUUAA